AACCUCAAGGAGUAGACCAUGGAGCACCCUGAGGGACAGCCUCCGGAUCUGUUAGAAAAUGGUUCAACACCAACAGUUACAACAUCGGAAGCAACCGGCUCCAAAGAUCCCAAAAUUUCUGUCGACAACGAGGGUGAAACUGUUGGCGACCCGGGCGCAGAAAAUGCCAGCUACCAAGUCACCCAAACUGCUGCCGACCACGUCACCAAAGCUGAUGCCGACAGCGGCACCCCAGCUGGCGCCACAGCUCCUCAGGAAAACUUACCAGAAGGGAAAGAGAUGAGUAAAAGCCAGGAUGAACCUCCUCACGAACUUGAGAACCAGUUUAUAUUGCGUCUGCCUCCGGAACAUGCAUCUGCUGUCAGGAAGAUACUACAUUCUAGAAGUGUUGCCAUGAAGAAUAAACUCAAAAUUGACUUAUCUUCUGAUGGACGUCAUGCAGUUGUUGAUGUAGAAGAUGUCUCACUAGCUGCAAAGGUGGUUGAUUUGCCAUGUGUUAUUGGAAGCCUGAAAACUCUUGAUAAAAAAACUUUUUAUAAAACAGCAGAUAUUUCUCAGAUGCUUGUGUGCACUGCUGAUGGUGAUCUCCACUCUUCUCCAGAAGAACCAGUUACCUCUACUGAUCUUAAAGUAAUCAGGAAAAAUGAAAAAGAGAGACAGAAAAAAUAUGUCUGGAAGCAUGGCAUUACUCCACCACUUAAGAAUGUCAGAAAGAAAAGGUUCCGCAAAACAACAAAAAAGCUCACCGAUUUCAAACAAAUUGAAGAAAUCGGCUUUCCUGAGGAAAAGAGCAUUCCUGCAAAGCACAGGGUGUUAAACGACCUUACUGGUAUCCCCCCUUCUCCCACUUUGGUUCAGUACAUUGAAUCUCCUGAUGUGGAAAAGGAAGUGAAAAGACUCUUGUGUUCAGAUGCUGAAGCUGUCAGUGCUCGAUGGGAAGUCAUUGCUGAAGAUGAAACCAAGGAAAUAGAGAGUCAGGGCUCUAUCCCAGGCUUUGCACUAUCCCCAGGAAUGAGUGACUAUAAGCAGGAUCAUAUCUCAUCAGGAUAUGGUAUGCUUCGGGAGGUGUUCAGUGAUUCUAGCAGUAACAGUGAUGAUGAUGAUGAUGAUGACGAUGAUGAUGAUGAUGACGAGGAGGAGGAUGACGACAAUAAGGAGGAUGAGGAGGAGGAUGAGGAGGAUGAGGAUGAAGAGGAUGACUGUGAUGAGGAGUACAAAAUUGAGGAAGAGGAUGAAGAUUAUUAUGAAGAGGAUCUGGAAAGGGAGCUACAGGCCAAGUUCUUUGCAUCUGGCCAGUAUGAGGCAAAGGAAGAAGCCAGUUCAAUAGUUAUGGAUAUUCAGAAGCAGAUUCAUUACAUGGAGAAAAAGCUCCAAGAGAUUCGAUGCAAAGCACAAAGACAGAGGAAUCUCAUAAUGAAAGUGGAAAACCUGGUGCUCAAGAAUCAUUUACAGUCUGUGCUGGAGCAGCUUAUAUUACAGGAAAUGCAAAGAAAAGAGCAGCUCAUUUCCCUAAAGGAACAACUGAAAUAUUUUUUGAAGUGAGAGAGCCUUCAGCCUGGCACAUGAACCUUGGAUUCACUCUCUAGACUGCUGAAGACUGGAUGAAUUGUAUGUGUUUCUGUCCCUUUCAUUGCCUUAUGUUGAGUCAUUUGUAUUUGUUUAUCUGAACCUUUGUCUGCUAGUCAAAUUUGAAGUUUAGGGUUGUGGAGAAAGGGACAGAAUAUAAAAAAGUAGUAGACCUAAAAACCCAACUCAAUAUGGAACUUGGCUUCUCUUUACCAAUUUGAGAAUUGCUUCUAUUGCUUCUGUUCUGUUGAUGCCAUCAAAUGAUUUAGCCAUGCUUGCCAAAGACAGAUAGUCUAGCCUGAAGGCCAUCCAGCUGGUUUGCAUAUAUUUCCAGUUCCCUUCCCCUGUUAAUUUUAAAUAUUUCCUAAAACAUAGAAUGAAUCAUUUCUACCAAAGGCUAGGACCUGCCACAGUGAAUUAAGUGUCUACCUCGCAGCAGUUAACGCUAGGUUGUAUCCUGUCUCUGUUAAGGUAAUAGGAGCUGCUUUCCUGCUCAGGGAUGAUUUCUUGCUGCUGCUAUCUUUGUUCUGUUGCAUUUUUAGAAUUGGAUCUGGUUAUUAUUUGCCAGCUGAGAGAAUAGUUAGAGCAGACAUGAAAUUCUGGGCUAUUCUUAUUCUGAGCCUCUUCAUCCUAACCCCUGCCAGAAGAGGUUAGGAAAACUCAGAUGCCUGUGAGGCCUCUGAAGAGUCCCUUAAAAACCCUGGGUGGGUUGUUUUUGGUUUUUUUGUCUGCUGUAUUGUUAAAGUUUUCUGGUCUGUGUUCUUUAAGUAAUAAAUGAAUUUCUCAU